CUGAUUUUGUAUAGAAUCUUUUCCACAUCCAGCGUAAUCAUCAAAUCCAUUGUAGUCUAGUUGAUGGGUACUCGGCUCUUACCCGAGAGACCCGGGUUCAAGUCCCGGCAUCGGAAUUCCCUUUUUUUUGCCCUUUCUACAAAAUUGGCGGGAACAUCAACCAAACAGUGAAGCAACAACACUCCACUGUAUCUACCCAACGAAGCUUACACUUUGCAGUUUCCACAAAAUUAGGGUUUUCUUCCCCAAUUAGAUCGAAAGAGGAGAGAGAAAAUCAAAGCUCCAAAAAUGGAGAAAUUCAGAAGAAGAGCAACAACGACUAACAGAGGAUUGGAAGAGAAUACCAUGGCUAUUCUUGAAUCUUUUUGCGCGCAUGAUUCUUCUCAUGUUCAUGAUGAUCGUUUGGCGUUUCUGGAGGCGGUUCGUUUUGCUUCGAUUGUUCCUGAAAAUGGAACUCCUCCUACUAAUAAAAUGAUGGAGGCGAUUUUCGAGAUUAUGAUGGAAGCGAAGUCUUUGGAACUUAUUGUAGCUAGUUAUCAGCUUCUUUGUGAAUUAGAGAAGCACUUUCCUCGGGUUUAUUUAUCGAAUGAGGUUGAUAAGGAAGCGCCUUCCAGCAAAUCUGCCGAUCUAAUUGUAUUUGAAGAGGCUUGGUUGCCGUUUGCUGUUGGCUCUGACGUGGCUUCGAGUGACAGGAAUGUAGCGAGUAAAGGAUUUAAGGAACCUAUUAGUCCUUCUGGAUUUAAGCUUCUGUUGGAAAGUCUCAAUGAAGAGGCUGAAGGAAUAGAAUCGUCAGAAACAAAGUUAGAGCUCCUGGCGAAGAUGUAUUUGUUUCAAUACCUAGUCUAUAUUUUUGAGGCAGACUUUUUACCUCGUAACCGUGACUUUCAAGAGAACUCAAAUUGGAUUUCUCUCAAAGACUCCUUGCUUAAUAAGUUUCUGGGGUCAAGGCAAAUUAAUUACAAAGACGUGGCAAAGGAUACCUUCUUUGUUCUAUGUAAUUUGUUCCUUGCUCGUACUCCAACAAACAGUAAUUCAGGAACUACCAAAAGCUCUUCAGAUGAUAUGCGUAACAAUAAUGAUUCAGCUUUAGCUCUUUCUUUACCAGAGGUAGAGAAGUGUACUCUUAAAGCUGUAGAGAAACUUCUUAAAAUGAUGAUAAAUCUUGACUUGUCAAAGAAGAAAGCAGAUGUGCAAAGCCUCACUACAAGAGCAGAUGGUGUAAGAACCCCUAUGAUUGAGUUGAUAAUGGAUGAACUUUUUUAUGACAAAGAUCUGCUUUCUCCAUUUCUUCAGGCCUUCGAUGAUCCUAGAUUGAAGCUGGAGAUAGUUUCACAAUACAUCCAUAAGUACAAUGUCAAACCAUCUACUCGCAAGAGGAAGCUAGAUGACUCACAAGAUGAUACGGCAGUUAUUGGAUUCUUUAACUGCUUCUUGAAUAGCACCAGUACAAAAGCCAUUGUUAAGAAAGUUGGUGCGGAGGCAGUUCAAGUGAUGUUAGCUCAUGCUCUGCAGGCUUGCAUGUCAAUACCCAAGGAGCAACUUCAUGAAGUAACAUCUGAUUCGAAAAAUGAUGCUAGACGCAGUCCACUGGUAAACAUUUGCAACAAUAUCAUUUCAGCCUUCACCAAGCUCAGGGAAACAGAUGAGCACUUGCAAAUAUUGCCUAUUGGUAAGGAAGCACUAUUUACAGCUGCUAGUGUACUUUCUACUAAGUCAUAGGAGCUUUCAAAUCCUUCCAGAGUUCACCUUUUUACAAAUCUUGAAGAACAUGCUUUCUCCUGGUCAUGCAAGGAAUGAUUGUGAAGUUAAUCGACACUUGUGCUUCCGUCCACCAAGAGCAACACUUUAUGUAGAUUAUGUCAACCAGAUUUUGGAAGUUACGGCAUUUAGCUAUCCAGUAGGGAAUUAGCUAGCUUAGGAAGGUGCUUGUAAAGAGUUUUCAUAUCUGGACUGCAGCUAGGUAGCACUUAAUGUGCGACAUUAUAGUACUAGACGAUGCUACUGUAUAUAAUGAAUUUGACUAACCAUUGGUUUCCUUUGCUCUUAGUUGAGAUAUCUAAUUGUCAGUUAUUUUUUCU